AUGAUUGGACGCUUUGCUAUUUCUGGAGGACGACAGCUGAGAUUAUGUUCAUCUGUCUUGUCUGCAAACAGUAGCUCUAAAUACAGAAUGAUCACUGUAUCAUCCACUGUCCAUGUUCCUUUGCAAAGGUUGUGUCAGUUAUCUUCUAUCAUAUUCAGUGAUCAUAAAUUUCACGGUACUGAAACCCAUCAACUCGUACUAGAUUCAGAUUUGAAGGCACGUGUUUUGGAAUCCACAUUGGCCUAUGUCCCGAAAUAUGGUUGGUCACGAGAAGCGGUUGAGGCUUGUUGCCAAGCUGAAGGACUACCUUCAGGAUUACAUGCCUAUGUUGCACCUCAAGGUGGUAUUGACAUAGUUUUACAUUUCUAUGCCACACGUAAUCAACAGCUGGCUGAAGUCAUGCAACAAUGGAGGACAACUAGUGAUAGUACAAACAAGAAUAUUGAUAUUAAAGAAUCAGACUCACCUCUAUCAUCAUUCCCAUCUACAGCCGCUGAAGUAGAUCAAUUUUUAUAUCGUUCUUUGGAAUAUCGACUGAAACUAAUUAUACCAUAUUUAAGUGUUUGGCCUCAAGCUUUAGGCUUGUUAUCUUUACCUACAAAUAUUCCUUUAUCUAUUGGUAUGCUUGCUCAACUUGUCGACGAAAUAUGGGCCCAAGCAGGUGAUCGUUCAACUGAUAUAUCAUGGUAUGCUAAACGUUUAGGCGUUGCUUAUGUGUACAAUUUAACAGAAUUGUAUAUGUUACAAGAUAAAUCACUGGAACUUUCAGAAUCAUGGAUAUUUUUACGUAAACGAAUUGAAGAUUUACGAUCUAUGAAACAGAUGAAUUUGAAGGCUGCAUCAAGUAUGCUUACAAAUGGUGUUUUAGCUUUUGGAAAUGUUACUUGUAAUAUUCUCGGAUGGAAUCGUAACAAUUAG